AUGAACAAAAAUGGAACAGCUAAAAUGAAUGAUAAUCAAAUAAGAGCCGAAGGUAGAAGGUUAUUUAAACGCUUCUAUAACAUUCCUGAUGGUGUUAAUCCUAAAACUCGUAGAAGUUAUUUAAAUGAAGCCAUAGAUGCAUAUGAAGGAUUUGACAUUUCAUCAGAAAGUGAGAGGUUAGCAAGAAUGUUAAACGUUAAUAUUGAUUUUUAUUAUUGUGACCCUCAACCAGAAGACGUAGACAUUAACAAGGUAGACUUUCCAUUAGUGGAAUCAAUAAUGAUAGAUCCAGAAUUUGAAACAGUAAAUAUUUUAUUAACACAGAGUCCAUGUGGAAAACUUCACGCUGACAGAAUUACAGACGUUGAAGCACUCACAGGAUAUAAAGUUUGCCCCUUUUGCAAAGAAGAAGUUUAUUCUAUCCGUGAUGAUCCAGAAAGGAAAAACCAAAGAAGAUUUUUAAAACAUUGUGAGAAAUGUAAAGAAAAUAAUGGAAGAUUAAUUCAAGACGUUCAAUUGCAAAACACACAACAAAUAUGCACCACAUAUCACGAAACAGAAGAUAUAUCAGUGGUUAUUAGCUCACAAUUUGCAGGAAUAUUAUCAACCGACAAGAUAUUAUAUUACUUUUGA